AUGAAACCUCAUUUCUUGUUAGGAAACCUGGACGCCACGUCAGGUCUUCAAGACGAACGUAUGACUCCCCGUUCGUCGAGGCAUGAGUCUUCAAGACGAGGUGAUACAAUACACAUUCCGUCUGAUGACCCUAUCGCUCCUACCGUCUUCAUGGGUCUUUACAAUUCACCCAGGUGGCAAACCAAAGACGCCAUUCCACAUAUCUCAGGUAAAACUGAGAUUGGCAGCUUCAAAUCACAACGUACUAGACGGCAACCACAAAAGCCGUUGGCAGGGUCUAAUCGGAGAGCUCCGCUCCAGCAAAACUUGAAGGUUCUCCAGGCAGGGGCGACAAUAGUUGAUGUUCCUGGAACAGGUGGCGGCAAAGAAAAUAUCCCUCCUGGAUUUUCCGUCAUCAACAACAAGAAAAGCAAAUCAGGAAACCAUUCACCGGUGUCCAAAAUGGCCCGUCCAACCAUGCAAAACUCUACUUUCAGAACGCACAUAACAGCCAAGCCUAAAGAACCGCGAAAAGAUCCACUGAAGCGUGUGGCACUGGGUGAAACACGAGUGAAUGCCGUCGGAGUCCCUAAAAAGAUAGGACAUCCACCUCCUGCUGAGAAUCCUUCGGCCUCUGCCUUGAAGCAUGCCUUUUCCGCCAUCGUUAUUCAACGGGCAUGGCGGUCAUUUACAGAACGACGGAAUAAGUACGCGUGCGCUAUAGCCACAGCCAGGACGGAGUCGGCAUGUGAGGUGAUUACUCGAUGGUGGCGCGGUGUCAAAGCCUGUAAGCUACGAGAGCAGACAGAGCAGGUGAAGCUGAUGGCGAAGACUCAACAUACACCUCGACGCAAAUCUGCUGGUCAGAGAUCGUCUGUUCGCCAGAACCAACCCAAUUCUGGCCGCCGAGGUAUUCGGCGCCUCUAA